GCUUACCUGUCGCUGCCUGCCUUCCUGCCUUCCUCCUCCUCCUCCUUCUCCUGGCCCAACCCAUCUGCAGAGGAAGAGGGCGAUCAGGUCAGGAAUGUUUUGAAGGGAGCAGUUGAUUUCGCUCGCUCUCUUUCCUCCCCUCCCCCUCCUCCAGUUCAUCAACUUUGGGUGCACUUUCGCUUUGCGGGGGGGUGGCUGGGGGGAAAGUGCCCCCAACUCCCGAGGAGAACUUUCCCAGCGCCGGAGAAAAGGAGUUUGAAACGCCGCCGCCGCCGUGAGCCUCUGAUGGGCGCCACCUGCAAGACCGAGUAAAAACCAGGAAUUGAAGAUCUUGCAGUCAGGAUUCCACCAUGGUCAGCAAAGAGAGAUAUCACUGGCAGACCCAGAAUGUCAAGCAGACUGGGGUGGACGACAUGGUCCUGUUGUCCAAGAUCAAUGAGGAUGCCAUCGUGGAGAACCUCAAGAAGCGGUUCAUGGACGACUAUAUAUUUACCUACAUUGGUCCUGUGCUGAUUUCUGUGAACCCCUUCAAACAACUGCCGUACUUCACCGACCGCGAGAUCGACAUGUACCAGGGGGCGGCGCAAUAUGAAAACCCUCCCCAUAUCUAUGCUCUGGCUGAUAACAUGUACCGGAACAUGUUGAUCGACGGGGAGAAUCAGUGUGUCAUUAUCAGUGGGGAGAGCGGCGCCGGCAAGACAGUAGCAGCCAAAUACAUCAUGAGCUACAUCUCCAAGGUGUCGGGCGGAGGCCCCAAAGUGCAGCACGUGAAGGAAAUCAUCCUGAAAUCCAACCCGCUCCUGGAGGCAUUCGGGAACGCCAAGACGGUUCGGAACAACAACUCGAGCCGAUUUGGCAAGUAUUUUGAGAUCCAGUUCAGCCGGGGCGGGGAGCCCGACGGAGGCAAGAUCUCCAACUUCCUGCUGGAGAAGUCUCGUGUCGUCAACCAGAACCCAGGAGAAAGGAGCUUCCACAUCUACUAUCAGCUGCUAGAAGGAGCCAGCGCAGAGCAGCGAGAAAAUUUGGGCAUCACCACUCCAGAUUAUUACUACUACCUCAACCAGUCGGCAGCUUACAAAGUCGAAGAUGUAAACGACCACCAGGAGUUUCAGGAGACAUUGACAGCCAUGGAUGUGGUGGGCCUCUCAGGGGAAGAGCAAGCCUUGGUGCUCCAGAUCGUGGCUGGGAUCCUCCACCUGGGCAACAUCACUUUCCGAGAGUCGGGCAAUUACGCCAUGGUGGAGAGCGAGGACUUUCUGGCUUUCCCAUCGUACCUCUUGGCCAUCGACCAGCAACGCCUCAAGGAGAAGCUGACCAGCCGGAAGAUGGACAGCAAGUGGGGCGGCCAGCAGGAGGUCAUUGACGUGACGCUGAACGUGGAGCAGGCCAGCUUCACCCGCGACGCCCUCUCCAAGGCCCUCUAUGCCCGCCUCUUCGAUUUCCUGGUGGACGCUGUCAACAAGGCCAUUCAGAAAGAACGCCAGGAAUACAGCAUUGGGGUUCUCGAUAUCUACGGCUUUGAGAUCUUCCAGAAAAAUGGAUUCGAACAGUUUUGCAUCAACUUUGUCAACGAGAAGCUGCAGCAGAUUUUCAUCGAGCUGACGUUGAAGGCCGAACAGGAGGAAUACGUUCAGGAGGGCAUCCGCUGGAACGCCAUCGACUACUUCAACAACAAGGUCGUGUGCGACCUCAUCGAGAACAAAGUGAAUCCUCCGGGGCUGAUGAGCAUCCUGGACGACGUCUGUGCCACGAUGCACGCCAAGGGCGAGGGGGCCGACCACACCCUCUUGCAGAAGCUCCAGACGGCCCUAGGAACCCAUCCUCACUUCAACAGUUGGAACAAGGGCUUCGUCAUCCACCAUUAUGCCGGGAAGGUCUCGUACGACGUGAACGGCUUCUGCGAACGGAACCGCGAUGUGCUCUUUACGGACCUCAUUGAGCUGAUGCAGAGCAGUGAGAUCCCAUUCAUCCGAGAUCUCUUUCCUGACAACCUCAACGCAGAGAAGAAAGGGCGUCCCACCACAGCUGGCAGCAAGAUCAAGAGACAAGCCAACGACCUGGUCGGCACGUUGAUGAAAUGCACGCCGCAGUACAUCAGAUGCAUCAAGCCGAACGAGACCAAGAGGCCCCGCGAUUGGGAGGAGAGCAGGGUGAAGCACCAGGUGGAAUAUUUGGGCCUGCGGGAGAAUAUCCGGGUGCGCCGAGCUGGCUACGCCUACCGACGGGUCUUUCACAAGUUCCUCCAUAGGUACGCCAUCCUGACCCCUGAGACAUGGCCAUCGUGGCGUGGGGACGAGAAACAGGGGGUGGUGCACCUGAUGAAAUCUGUCAACAUGGACCUGGACCAGUUUCAGCUGGGACGGACGAAGGUCUUCAUCAAAGCUCCAGAGUCGCUUUUCCUCCUGGAGGAGAUGCGUGAGCGCCGUUACGACGGCUACGCCCGCGUCAUCCAACAGGCAUGGCGGAAACACGUGGCCAUCCGGAAGUACAUUCAGAUGCGGGAGGAAGCGUCCAACAUCGUUCUGAACAAGAAAGAGCGUCGCCGGAAUAGCAUCAACCGCAAUUUCGUGGGCGACUACAUCGGCUUGGAGGUCCACCCUGAGCUGCGCCGCUUCCUGGGCCGGCGAGAACGCGUGGAUUUCGCUGACACGGUUGUCAAAUAUGACCGGCGAUUCAAGGCAGUGAAGCGGGACCUGAUCCUGACCCCCAAGUUCCUCUACCUGAUCGGCCGCGAGAAGGUGAAGCAGGGCCCAGAUAAAGGAGCCAUCAAGGAGGUCCUGAAGAGGCAGAUUGAGGUGGAGCGGGUCCAGUCGGUGUCCCUGAGCACCUUGCAGGACGACUUCAUCAUCAUCCACGAGCCCCAGUACGACAGCGUCCUGGAGUCAGUCUUCAAGACGGAGCUUCUAAGCCUGCUGUACAAGCGCUACGAGGAGAGGACCCAGCAGCAGCUGCCAGUCAAGUUCAGCAACCAGCUGGAGUUCAAGGUAAAGAAAGACGGGUGGGGCCCCUGGGGGGCCGCCGGAUCCCGUCAGAUCCAGUUCCAGAUCUGCCAGGGGGACUUGACUCUCUUGCGCAACAAUGGCAAAGUGCUGGUGGUCAGCAUCGGACCUGGCUUGCCCCGCAACGCCCGACCUACCCGGAAAGACACGAGGAAGAGUCGGAGCCUGGGCAGGGGAACCUCGCCUGGCUGGAAUGCCCCGAACACAACAGGGUCCAAGUGGGGCAACCGCGGGGGUGGCAGUGCGGGGACCAGGCCCCCCUUCCAGCAGCGCCUUUCGAUGACCAGGCAGGUCAGCAUGGAGCAGCCCAGUUUGCCCCGCCAGGGGGCCAGCCCCAGGGCCAAAGUCCUGCCGACUCAGCUCAACCUGGAUUUCAUGAACGUCCCGGACCAAGGCGUGGCUGGCCUCCAGAGGCGCCUGUCCAAGGAAGCCAAGCCCAUCCCGGGAGGAGGCCGGGCCAAGCCCAAGCCUAAACCGAAACCUCAGCCAUGCCUCCCCCAGUGCAGGGCCCUGUACGCCUACGACGCUCAAGACACAGACGAGCUGAGCUUCAAUGCCAACGAGUUCAUUGAAAUAAUCAAGGAAGACCGUUCUGGCUGGUGGACGGGCCGCAUCCGUGGCAAAGAAGGUUUGUUCCCGGGGAACUACGUGGAGAAAAUCUGAGGCGGGCAGACAACUCGCAGCGUUCUCUUCCUAGACUGCCCCCCUCCACCAGCUGCUGUGGACUUUGCAGGCUAGAGAAGGAACGUCGGCCAGCAAAAAGAGCUUCUUCAUGGCUGGGAGACACCUGCCUUCUCUCUUCCACUGCACAAGGACAAGGGGUGUGUGUGUUUAUUUUAUAUAUAUAAAUGGCUGCCUUGAAAGCCAUGACAAUGCCAGCAUGGCUGAACUUUGAAAUCAAGAGCGGGGUGGGAAAGCGCAGGUCUCCCUUUGUACCCCUACACUGGAAGGUGUUUUGCCCGUGAAAACAGGCAGAGGUUUUUGUUUCAAAGCUUCCAAGCAAGAAAGCCUGUUGUCGCAGGGAGAGCGGUUUGCAUUCUGCAUAUGCACCAUGACCGUACGGGAGUCACAAGGAGCUCCCUGCAGAUUCCUGCUGAGGGCAUCCCCAGAGGCUAAGCAAGCGCUGGGAUGGAAGUCUAAGAAGCUGGCAUUUAAGCAGGAAUGGGACCACAGAACCUGCGUGUGAAAUAAAUUAUGUACAUCAGGAA